AUGAGUGCUACUCCAACCAGAGAGUUGGAUCAGCAUACCAGUUCUUCACCCACCAAGCCAUCACAGCCAAAGUCUUUUCAUGCAAUUACUACACCAUCGCCUACAGAUUCAGAAUCCGUUACCAAAGAAAAAAAGCCGUCCCCAUCGAACCCUGAAUUUGUAUCCAACUGGAAGAAUUUUAAUGUUGGGGACACGAAGUACAUUCAUCACGGUCACCUGUCACUGAUAGCUUCAUCAGCGUUAAAAAGCGAAACCAAAACAAAACCCAAUAAGCCUUCAAGCCCCAUUACCAAAGCAUCUUCUAACAAGAUUGUAAUAAACAAAAGCAUUUCAAAGUUACUAGGGCUUUCUGAAGAGGCAAUUGACGAGAAAUCAAUUUGGCCAUACAAGAUGGAAACAUUAAAUGGGAUCAUUAAUCUUAAGAUCGAAGAAGAAAAAACUAAACAAGAAAGCAUAAAAAAGGAUUUGGCAAACACCGCAAUUGAGUUGCUUACAUUGGCAAAAUCACUAAACGUUCCUGGUGAACUAAUUUCAUAUUUAUUCAUAUCUGAUUCGGUGACAAGUGAUAGUUUAAAUGCCACCAUUUCUAAAAUUCGCAAUGAGACUCAACAACUGUUUCUCAAAGAUCUGUCGGAAAAAUCGAAAAUGGACUCGAUUAUUGGCAUCAAGAGAAAGCAUUCCAGCACUAGUCUAAAGAGUAGCGGUAGUGCUCUUGUUUCUCCCUUAAGGUCACCAAAAAAACUUCCAUUGGAAAUUGCACAUCGUCGGGUUGUUUCGGAUGGAAGCGACGAGAUCAGUAAUAAAUCAAUGUCCAAAAUGAGCUCCCCUCCACAACCGCCAUCGCUACCAUUGCCAUUACCACCCACCUCAGUCCAUAAUCACCAGCCUCCGCCACCACUUUUACCAUCACUGCAAUUUGCCACUCAUCCAAGCAGUCAAAAUCAAAAUCAAAAUCAAAAUCAACUGCACCUGCAUGUACACCUGCCUUCUUUACCACAGCAAUUGGUACCACCAAUGUAUCCUAUAUUUUAUACCCCUCAGCAAGUAGUUCCUCAACAAUACAAUCAGCAACAAUCGCAACAGACCCAGCAAUCACAACAACCACAUUCACUGCCAAGUGCCACUCAAGAUGGUAGUGGGAAAGUACAGGACUCUCCAUUUGCACAACAAUACCAAGUGAUUUAUCCAGGGCAUUAUUCUGGCGCUCCUAAUUUUGUACGACAACAAUAUCCUUAUUACGUUUCGUCAUCACCAACCCAGGCCGCACAGCAAUAUAUCAUACAGGGACCGCCAGUAGUGAGUCAGUCACAUUUACCUCAAACUUCAUCAUCAGCAGCACAACCACAGACUCAGCAAAAACAACAACAACAACCAGUACCGUCUCAUCACUUUGAAUCGCCUGACAAAACAACUGGCAAAUCCGAAGACGAUACCACACCUAAUAAAAGACAUAAAAAUACCAAAGGUGGUAGUAUAAAUUUCAUGAUUACUACACCGAAGAAUCCGCCAAAAAAGAGGUACAACAAUUCAUCCAGUAAAUAG